AUAAAAGGUCAAAAGUUAUCGCUCUGUAUAUGGGAUAUAAUGGAUUAACCCCCGCGAAGUAGUCUUUUCUUUAUGCGAAUCGGAAUACAUCAAUUGCUUAUUAAAAAUCUUGUGUUUUAAUAUAUGAACAUACGUAAAAGCUGUUUGUUCAUCUCAAUUAAACUUAUUACCACCUGUUGCUUCAGCUAAGACACUAUGCAGUAUAAUGUUUUAGUUAUUGGUGGUGGUGGUAGAGAACAUGUCAUUGCUUGGAAACUUUCACAGUCUCCACAUGUAAAUAAAAUCUAUGUUUCUCCUGGGAAUAGUGGAAUCUCAUUAGUUAAUAAGGUUUCUUUAGUAAAGUUAAAUGUGAAGGAUAAUAAGGAAGUAGCAAAAUGGAGCAAAGAAAAUGAUAUAAAUUUAGUAGUUAUUGGACCAGAAGAAUAUUUAGCAAAUGGAUUAGCAGAUGAAUUAAAAGAUGUAGGAAUUAAUUGUUUUGGCCCACAAAAGGCAGCUUCUAAAAUAGAAGCUGACAAAUAUUGGGCAAAAGAGUUUAUGGACAAACAUCAAAUCCCUACUGCAAGAUGGAAAGGAUUUGUGGAUGCUGUGGAAGCAAAGAAAUUUGUUGUAAAUGCACAAUUUCCAGCACUUGUAAUCAAGGCUUCAGGUUUAGCAGCUGGGAAAGGUGUCAUAGUAGCCAAAGAUCAACAAGAAGCAUGCAAUGCGAUAGAUGAAAUUUUAACAAACAGAAAGUUUGGAUCUGCUGGGGAGUCAAUAGUUAUAGAGGAAUUAUUAGAAGGAGAAGAAAUCUCUGUACUUGCAUUUACAGAUGGAAAAACUGUUGUACCAAUGGCACCUGCACAAGAUCAUAAAAGAAUAUUUGAUGGAGAUUUGGGGCCAAAUACUGGUGGCAUGGGUGCUUAUUGCCCAUGUCCUUUGUUAAAUCAAACAGAUUAUGAUUCUGUGAAAUCAAAUGUUCUGCAGAAAACAAUUGAUGGUCUUAGACAAGAACAAAUACCAUUUGUUGGUGUCUUAUACGCUGGGUUAAUGUUGACGCGAAAUGGACCGAAAGUGUUAGAAUUUAAUUGUAGAUUUGGUGAUCCAGAAACGCAAGUAGUACUUCCGCUACUGAAAUCAGAUUUAUUUACAAUUAUGAAGGCUUGUUGUGAGGGUUCUUUAGUCGAAUCUCAAGUUAUGUGGGAAGAAGAUGUAUUUGCCGUGGGUGUUAUUUUGGCUUCUCGAGGAUAUCCUGCAUCGUCGUCGAAAGGCCAAGUUAUAACAGGCGUCGAUAAAAUUUCGAGCAAACCAAAUCAUUUUGUUUUCCAUAGUGGAACAAGUAUUUCUCCUGAAGGAAAAUUGCUAACUAAUGGAGGAAGAGUUUUAAUUACUGUAAGUGUACAACCAUCGUUAGCUGCGGCUGCUGCUACAGCAACAUAUGCUGCACAAAGCAUAUCAUUUGAAGGGAAACAAUUUAGAACCGACAUAGCACAUAAAGGAAUCGCAAGGUCUAUCUUAUAUCACGGCAAAUUAACGUAUAAAAGUAGCGGAGUAGAUAUAGAAGCUGGAGAUUCAUUAGUUUCAGUCAUAAAACCAGCAACUGUUUCGACUCAGCGUUUGGGUACAUUGGGUUCAAUUGGUAGUUUUGGUGGUUUGUUUGAUGUAAAAGCUGCUGGUUAUAAAGAUCCAAUUUUGGUAUCUGGUACCGAUGGUGUUGGUACCAAAUUGAAGAUAGCAUUUGAAUGCAACAAACAUGAUACGAUAGGUAUAGAUUUAGUAGCGAUGUGUGUAAACGAUGUGCUUGCACAUAAUGCAGAACCAUUAUUUUUCCUCGAUUACUUUGCUUGCGGCAAACUAAACAUUUCUGUAGCUCGCGAAGUUAUAAGUGGAGUUGGUGAAGGAUGUAAGAGAGCUGGAUGUUCAUUAAUUGGCGGGGAAACAGCAGAAAUGCCUGAUAUGUAUUCUACCGGAGAAUACGAUUUAGCAGGAUUUGCUGUAGGCGCGGUUGAAAGAAAUGAUUUACUUCCGCGCAUUGAUGAUAUCGAAGAAGGUGAUAUCGUAAUUGGUCUUCCAUCAAGUGGAGUACACAGCAAUGGAUUUAGUCUUGUGCGAAAAGUUCUAAAGUUUGCAAGUAAAAAGUAUUCGGACAGAGCACCUUUCUCUAAAAAUAGUCGCACAAUUGGAGAUGAAUUGUUGGAACCGACAAAAAUAUAUGUGAAAGGGGUAAUUCCUGUUUUGCGAACGAAUUUAGUAAAAGCGUUUGCGCAUAUUACUGGUGGAGGUCUUACAGAAAAUAUACCGAGGGUUCUACCAAAAAAUAUGGGAGUUGUGUUAGAUGCAACAACGUGGAAGAUUCAACCAAUUUUUGGUUGGCUAUCAGCUGUUGGUGGAAUUAAUAAAGAGGAAAUGUUGAGAACAUUUAAUUGUGGUAUUGGGGCUAUCUUAAUUUGUUCAAAUAAAAAUAAAGAUGAAGUUUUACUUAAAUUACAAACAGAAAAUCCUAAAGUUAUUGGAUACACGAGUAGUUACAAAGAUAGUAAACUCAGAGUAAAUGUUAAGAGCUUUGAAAAAGUGUUAGAAUUGGAAAUGAAACAAUACAUACCGGGCAUCAUUUCAAGAUUAAGUAAACAUUUAAAAAGAGUAGGUGUUCUCAUAUCUGGUAGCGGAACCAAUUUGCAAGCGUUGAUUGAUGCGACUCAAGAUCCAUCACUACAUAUUGGCGCUGAAAUAGUCCUAGUAAUAUCUAAUAAGCCAAAUGUGGAAGGACUUAAACGAGCUGAAAGAGUUGGAAUUAAGACAGUGGUUAUUAAACAUACUGAUUAUCCUACAAGAGAAGCUUUUGAUGAAGCAAUGAAUGUAGAACUUGAUGCUGCUGGAGUUGAAAUAGUUUGUCUUGCUGGUUUUAUGCGUAUUCUGUCAGACAGUUUUGUUACUCGAUGGCGUGGUGCUUUAAUAAACGUACACCCAUCAUUGUUACCAUCAUUUAAAGGCGCUCAUGCACAUGAAGAUGUUCUAGCAGCUGGAGUACGCAUUUCAGGAUGUACAGUACAUUUCGUUGAGAUUGAUAUAGAUUCUGGAGCAAUUAUUGAGCAAGCAGCAGUACCUGUAUUACCAGAUGACACUGUAGAAACUCUCCAAGAACGAGUGAAAACAGAAGAGCAUCGUAUCUUUCCUCUUGCUUUAAAAUAUUUAGCUAACGAAAAAAUACAAUUGAAAGAAGAUAAUUCAAUUGAAUGGAAUUACUAAACUCAAAACUUGAUUUAAUUAUUUCAGUAUAAAUAAUUCUUGCUCAUUUAUUUACUUUUAUUAAGACUAAUUGUUCAAGAUAAAUAGCUAAACAAACAUAAUUCUGGGAAGUACAUCUAUUGUUUAAGGCAAUUUUUUAUUGAAAAUUGAAAAUAUAAAUCCAAAUAUGCUGUCAUCUUUGUUAGCAAUAAAAUUAGAAUCUUUAUUUUUUGAAUCAGAAUACUUUUUCAUUUUGUUGGGUGCUAUAGCAAGUGCUUCUUUCGCGAGAUCGUCUAAUUUAAUAUGACACAUUUGUUUCUGAAGUACAGGCACCAAUAAGUUGUAUUUAUCAAUUUUAUUAUUUAUUUGUUUUAUUGUAGAUUUAUAUUCAUCUAGAAUAUUAUUCCAAGUUUCUUCUUCUUUAAAAUCUAAUGGAAUAGGACCCACGUUAUUUCGCGCUUCUGCUAACUGUUUUUGAAGAUCUUGUAUCUGUUCUCUAAUUUCCUUAGAUAACUGUAUCCAUUCAGGAGUGAAUCCAUUUUCUAUUAAUAUCUGUAAUUUAAAUAUGUGGAUUAUUGUCUGUAAAUUUUUAAGAGCAAGCAACUUUUCAUACCUCAUUCAAUUUAUACGUAACAAAAUCAACGUAUGGAUUCCGGGUAUUUAUAUUUUCUUUUAAUGGUUUACCCAUGCCUGGCAAAUCUUUGAAUUCACCUUUAUUCAUUGCUUCUUGAAUUAAAUCUUCCACCAGACGAUCCAUACCUAACCGUGUUUUAAUAUCUUUUGCGCGUUGUUUAUCCAUCCCAACUAACGUGUUACGUUCUUCAGCUUGUAAUUUUUUUAAUCUAUGUUCCAUUACAUUAUCGACAGCUUUUUGAGCUUUUUCUAUAGUAUACCAUUUUUGUCUUUUACUAGGGGUUCCAACCCCUACAUUAUAUGCUAAAUAAUGACGAUGUUGCGGUGCAGUAUGCUGCAAAUACGUACAUAUAUGGUUAAUGUUAUAUACUGAAAUAAUUACAUGAUUUAGUAUAACAUACGUACUCUAAUAUCAAAUUCCUCAACUUCAGGUAACUGUGCAUUAUUUUCUUUCUGUUCCAUUCUUGCUUUUCUGAUCUGUCUAUAAGCAUUUUCAAUCUAUGGAAAGCAGAAUUGUACAUUACAUUACAUUACACUACAUUACAUGAUUUUCAAUCAAAA